UUGACACGGAAGCGGAAAUAUUUCUCAUGACACGGUACUCCGUGUUCUUUUACGUGUCAACCCCAUUUCCUUUACUCUGUCUCUUACACCAAGAUGGCUCCCAAGAAGAAGGUUUCAUCUAGCAAAGGAGGAAAAUCCUCCUCCAAAGCUACCAAAAAACCAGAAAAGAAAAGAGAACCACGCGUCCGUAGACGGCCUACCGCUAUUAGCAAAGCCAGGUCAAAGGCUGUGAAGGCAAAGAAGGCCGUCUUGAAAGGUAUUCAAGCAAAGAAAGCUAUUGUUAAGGGACUUCAAGCAAAGAGAGCGGUCUUGAAAGGUAUUCAUCCCAGGAAAACCAAGAAGAUUCACACGAGCGUGAAGUUCAGGAGACCACGUACUCUUCGAUUGCCAAGGGACCCAAAAUACCCCAGGAAAAGCACUGGCACACGUGAAGAUAAAUUUGAUCAGUUUAGGAUUGUGAAAUAUCCUUUGACAACAGAAUCUGCUAUGAAAAAAAUUGAAGACAAUAACACAUUGGUAUUCAUUGUUGACAAAAGAGCUAACAAACAUCAAAUCAACCAGGCUGUGAAAAAAUUGUAUGACAUUGAUGCUGAAAAAGUCAAUACAUUAAUUAGGCCUGAUGGAGAGAAGAAAGCUUACGUCAAACUAGUAUCAGAUUACGAUGCUCUGGAUAUUGCAAACAAGAUCGGCAUCAUCUAAACAGUACUGUAUAGGUUUAUACAAAUAAACUAUUGUGAAUGUA